AUGCUAUCGCAGCCAGGUCCGGGAGGCAGUUCGUCCAGCUCCUCGAGUCACUCGCUGAUAGGUAGUAAGCACCGCGGCGGGUCUAAGAACCGCCUCGCUCAUCACGCCUCCACCUCAGGCAAGAAGAUAGAGCUGCGACGAAAGUCGUCGACAAAAGGCCGCAUUCUCGGCAUUGCGACUACCGACUCGGAGAGCCAUGGAUCGGUGAUGCAGUCGAUGGAGUCAGGCUCGCACUCCCAUCGCUCGAACAACUCCGACAGCUCCGAUUAUCAGGAGACGGCGGGCUCCAUCACUCCUCGUACUGAUGACUUCAGUACCGAUCGGCGCAACAGCAGGUACUUCGAGCACAAUGGACACGUGAGCACAGCGGCGACUCACGUGCAUGAACCAUCGAGCAACAGCAAGACACUUCGCAUCUUCUUGCUGCUGGGCGGGGACCACGACGGUGCCAUUUGCUGCACGCUUUCGUUGAAGCUUGCAACCCGCGAAAUUGUGGAGAGCGAGGGGACUUACUACUCAGCCGCACCGAGCGAAAUCACGCGACUGAUGCCCAUGCUGCCCACGCAAAACAGUCUCACCAACGCGCUGCUGCUGCUCAAGAAGUGCGUGUCGAUCAAACAGGAACGCGGCUUUGAGCUCCGCCCCGCUAAUCAACUGGCUGUCGUGGAUGACAUGCUGCUUAAGCUCAAAAAGCGAGAGCCACGCUUCAGCAUCGCUCUGAAGCCCGGGCCCAGAGCAUCACUUGCCGCCGCGUCAACGGUAAAUCUGAGUCCAGCUAAUCCAGCAAACACCACGAAGGCGGAGGAGGAGGAGGGAGGAAUAUUCACUUCGUCCUCUUUGGACUUGAUUCCUGCUUUGAAGAUUGAAUCCCGCCCAAUUUUGUCAUCCCCGCCACGGCAGCAGAAACCUCUCUCUCUUCCCAAGCCUGCGUACAAGCAUCAAUUCGAACUUCCGAGCAACUACAGAGAUAUAGUCGCAUCGUGGGAGGUCUCCAAAAGCGACGUAUAUGCAUGGGUCCACGCUGUAAACGCCGCGUCGCCACUGAAGCCGGCUUCACCGCUCCGCACCAAAACAAAACCCCAUCGAAGUGGCCACCUCAGUCCGCUUCGACUUCCGCAUAGACACGACUAUUAG